AUGGGUGACGAAAAGCCUUGCAGCCCAUCAGAGGCAGACCCUCUGAUAAGGCCUCGCAGGUCUUAUCGUCGCUAUCAAUCUUCCUGUGUCUAUGUAGCAAUCGCUCUCUUUUUUAUUACAUUCACGAUUGUCAAUUUCUCCAUCAGCCUCUCCAAGGACCCCUUAGAUCCGGAUGUUCGAGAACGCAUUCGCAAGGACUGGAACAUUGAACUUCGCCGGCACGAGGAAGAAGUUCUCAAGCACAUUGAAAUCAAAAAACGUUGGCUUCUGGAAGAUAAAGAACACGAGCGUGAGGUGGAGGAGAAACGAAAGCACGAAGAAGAAGAACGCUUGAGAUUGAAUAUGUUUUGGACCGAUUUGACGUCCCACAGGUGCACAUCAUACGCCACUCGGGAGUACACUGCCCGACUUGUGAAUGUUCCAUCAUACUACAACCGCCGCGUGGAGGCUUGCAUGGCCACACCGGUAACGAUCCAUGGGGUUGAAUACACGCCUAAGUGGUGCGAGGACCAUGGUCCAAACAAUGUAGUAGGUCAUUGGGAAGUCGACCAGCAUCAACCGGAUUGCGCGCCGUACUGGACCUGGUACAAAGAUUUUGGCUGUAUUUCUCCUGGAUCCGGUCAGCGACGUAUUGAACAUUAUCUUGAGCAUCUCCCAUCGGGAGCUGAUUGGAAGGAGUUCUGUGCUACCACUCCUGCGAGCUUCCUCGGGAUGCAUUUCGUGGGGUCAGAAUUUUGCUUUCAAUGGAAUGGUGGCACAUACGGUCACUGGGUUUUUGAUGACGCGAGCUGUAACUAA